CAACUCAAGAAAAAGAAGAAGAAGAAGAAGAAGCUAACGUUGCUAACACGGAAGAAGGUGUGUGUCUUGAGAAGUAGCGUUCAAACUAAAACACUUAGGUGUUAUCUUUGAAAGCUAAUUGUACUGUUUUAAACGUAAGUAGUUUUUAUUACAAUAUACACGAUGUUCUAAGUAAUACUGCUGUUAUAGAUUGGUAGAAAUAUUGGUGCAUUUUAGGCGCAGUGAGAUUUUUAGCCAGGUUAGCUGGUCAACAAAGAAAUGUUACUUGCGUAUCCAAACGAACAUAUUCAGGUUCUAGACGAUACAAAACAGAAAUCCUGCAAAAUGAAUGAGGUUACACGGUCAACAAACCAAAUAUGUGGACUACAGAAAAAAGAUGUAACAUUUUAAUGCCUACUAUAUCUUGUAGCAGCAACGCGUCCCUGUCCUGUUUAUUAGCUUUAGCCUCCACAUUUAUUUGGUGGUGGUGUAGUUUUAUCGUGUAACUCACGCUGAAAACGUUAUAAAUAAAUCUGAUAUUCUAGGCCGUGGGUGUAAAGCUUUCAGUUAGCGCCACGUGUUAAUCUUCAUUGAGUUGGUUAAGGUAGAAAAACGGGUCUGGUCGGUUCAUCUUAAAGGAUUUCUCAAGAAGGCCUUGGAAACGUCCUCGUUCUGAAUAGUAUAAAAGAAAAUCAGCCUUUUAGAAAAGCACUGGAACUUGAAUAGGUGUGCCAGUUAAAAAUAAAUUUUUUUUGGUUAUUUAUCGUAUCAGCUAUUUUUAUUUUUGAUGUAUUCUUAAUAUUUCACGUGCAUAUUUUGUGUGUUUGUUAUUGAACUAUGACAAACGUAUUUAUGUUUUUAAAUUUCCAUUUAUUGGAUGAUUUAUUUCCCUCAAUUUGAAUCGAAAUCUGUAAAAUAGUGGUGUCUAAAGAUCACACAGAAAUUGCUUAGUUGAAUGUAAAAUAUUUUUUUAGGAAUUGACUUGAGAUGUUGAGCAAACACUGACAAUUAUUCUGCUGUAAUAGUGAUUACAACAACAACAAUUGAACUUUCAAUAAAUCUUUUAUUCAGCUAAAAAAGGUUUGGUUAAUUUGCUCUAGAUAUUUAUUUUCGCAAUUAACACCAGCAGAUAGUAAGUAGUCUGUGUCAAAAAAAAAACAAAAAAAAAAAAACAGUUGGUGUGUUGUUUUUUUUAUUGCAACAUAUUUGCUAACUACUCGAAUUGAUAUAUAAACAUUUAUACAUUUUGAUGCACAGGCUUAUUAUGCGGGUGUGUGCAUAUGCAAACUCAUAAUUUUUGAAAUGUAAGCAUUGAAAAGCAUUAAGGACAGCUUAUUCAUUUAACAAAACCAGCUAAUUAUCUUGAGUGAAAUUCAGCAGUUUUGUUUUCAGACUAUAUUUUGCUAUAAAUCAUUAUUCUCAUCAUCCCUGCUCUGAACAUCUUGCCCAUGAUAAACUACUAAUAACUACAUUUUGCUACAGUAAAGUUUCUUCCUAUAAUGGAACAUGAUGUAAAUUACUGGUUGUCAAAAGCAGGUACAAAACAUUCCUGUGGUUGUUGGCAUGGAAGCGCCAGUAAGAGUCAGUUUCCCUUUCCUACCAAAAGAGAGUCUGAUACAAAAUGACUAAAAUUGUAAAACCUUUUGGUGAAGGGGGAAAAUGGGGAAAAACAACCUAUUUGACUGUUUAAAAACCAAUGUCUAAUUCAUUUAUUUGUUUUAUAGUACGUAGAAUUAGCACAAAAAAAAAUAUCCCAGUAACAGCAUUUAGAAGUAUCUAGGCACUUCGAAAUGAUGUAGCAUUAUGAUAGUUACUCUGCUGCUUUCUCCACUUCUCUGAAGCACUGUAGAGUUUUUAACACUUUCUGCUCACAACAUUUAAGGAUUUUGUUCAUUUUUAUAUGAUGUGAAAACUGUGCAAUAAUUUCACCUGCAUAAAAAUGCUAUUUCUUAUUAAACAUUUUCUACCCUCUUUUAAAGUUUCAGGCUUGGAUCCAUAUUUGAGACCUUUUUUUUCCCUUGACCCCAUCAUUUACUACUGUUGUGACUUCAACUCCGGUUUACAGAUUACAGAUAUACAGAUCUUUGUCUAAGUUAAGGAAUUGGCCUCCAAUGGACUAAGUAUAUGGAUUUGGAAAAGGACCGUUUCCGCAGCUGUUUCUGAAAGCAAGAGGUGCACUCACAGUCUGCAGUUGCCCCUAUUCUGUGUCAGCAGUGCGAUCCAGUCAUUCAACAUGUCUGACGGCCGGAUCUAUGUUGGAAAUCUCCCCAUGGAUGUCCAGGAGAGAGACAUAGAGGAUCUCUUCUUCAAAUAUGGAAAAAUCCGAGAAAUAGAAUUGAAGAAUAACAGAGGAACUGUUCCUUUUGCCUUCAUCCGGUUCGAGGAUCCACGGGAUGCUGAGGAUGCUGUCUUUGGAAGGAAUGGAUAUGCAUAUGGGAACUCCAAGCUACGUGUAGAGUAUCCUCGAUCCUCUGCUGCCAAAACUGGUCCAAUGGGAGGUUUUGGAGGAGGAGGAGUAGGAGGAGGACAGAGAGGAAGGUUUGGACCCCCAACUCGAAGAUCCGAAUUUCGGGUCAUAGUGACUGGGUUACCGGCUACUGGAAGCUGGCAGGAUCUGAAGGAUCACAUGCGAGAAGCAGGAGAUGUUUGUUUCGCAGAUGUACAGAGAGACGGCGAGGGCGUAGUGGAGUUUCUCCGUAGGGAGGAUAUGGAGUACGCGCUACGCCGACUUGACCGAACAGAGUUUCGGUCGCAUCAGGGUGAGACCUCGUAUAUCCGAGUUUAUGAGGAGAGAGGCGGUGGCGCUGCCAACUGGAGUCGUUCACGUUCUCGUUCCAGAUCCCGAGGCCGCUAUUCUCCUCCGUAUUUUAACAGAGGAUCUCCCCCUCGCUACCCGUCACCUCCACGCCAUCCCAUGUUGAGGCAUAGUCCGCCUCCAAGGAGGCACCCCCCACCUCACCAUAGCCCACCUCCACGUCAUUACAGAUAGAGGCCUCUGUAUUUACGCGACAUCUGGAGGAAAUAUUUCACAUUUUUGCAUUUUAACCAUUUUAUGUCUGUUUUACUUCAGACAUCCUCGUCCCUAUUUUGGUAUAAAUGCAUUCCAUGGCCAGAAAACCCACAACAGCCUACUCUUUCUGUAGCCUUUAAGUUUUUGUUUUUUUGUUGUUGUUUUUUUGGGUUUUUUUUCUGUUUUUAGGUUUAGCUAUUUCAAAACAGAGUUGGCAAUUCUUAAGUUGACAUUCUGAUUUCUACUUUGAUAGUUAAUUUCUUGGCUGUUCAUUAAAACCUCGUCA